CGUGGGUCUUCUUCGCGUGACGUCAUAAGCACUGCGCCCGCGUCUUCUCUAAUGUCCGCUGGAUAAAAGCAAGAAAAGCCAGAGGUUUGUCGAUCAAGAUCUGCGUGACGAUGGAGUACAUUAAAGUGGAGAUUGUGGAUCUGUCUGAUCUAGAACCAUUCAGAGUCAAAGAAGAACACGAAACCGAGGAACAGAAAGACCUGAUUGAAGUGGAAGAGGGAAGUCAAGACCAGAAUGAAGUGGAGAAACAUCAGGAUCCUCAGAGCUUCACGUCAGGAGAAAACUCACAAAGUCCAGGGGCCAAAAAAUCGUUUGGAUGCCCACAUUGUGGAAAUAGUUACAAAUGUAAAGAAGACCUUAAGGAUCACAUGACAAUCCAUAGCGAGAGGCCGUACACGUGCCUUCAGUGUGGGAAGAGUUACACGCAGAAAAUCAACCUCCAGAACCACGUGUUAAUUCACAACGGAGACAAGCCUUUCACAUGCACUCAGUGCGAGAAGAGCUUCACACGCAAGGGGGACCUGAAGAAACACAUCAUAUGUCAUUUCGGAGAGAGGCCUUUCACGUGCCAUCAGUGUGGGAAUAACUUCAGACACCAAGGCAACCUCACAAGUCACAUGAAAAUUCACGUGGGCGAGAAAUCGAGCCGGAAUCCUCAAAGUGACAAGAAAAUUGCACAAGUGUGCAAUUUCAAAACUCCUGUGCUCUAUCAUGCUGGGGAGAUGCCCUUUAAAUGUGAGCGUUGCGGUCAGAGAUUCAUCCUGUCCGCACACUUAAAGAGACACCUGAGAUGGCACGCGAAGGAGAAAUCCUGAGUGUUUUAUGCCUCGGAGAGUUUCAAAGAACCGUACAAUGUACUGUGUGUGUGUGUGAAGAUUGUGCUUGAUUGUGCAGGACAAGUCAAAAUAUUAAUUCGGAAAAUGAAUAACUUUGCUUUUGUUUAUGGUGGGACUGGCAGUUGUAAAUCAUGUUAAUUGUAAAUACUUCCAUUGUACAAGAGGGUUGCUAAAUAUUAGAUCUUCCUCCAUGUUAGUUUAAGCAUUCAGUUUAAUUAAUGAAAGACGUGGUGAACUGAGCUAUACUUGCGAUGAGACUUUGAGUGACUGACUGAAAAUCCCAGAUAAAAACACUUGCUUGCGCACGGGGAUUGUGUAACCGAUGCGUUGGCUUAAAAGUUCACACUGUUUUUUGUAACUAUCGAAUGAGAAUGUAAUUGAGCUGAAUAAUGAUAACGCUAUAUUUUCUUCUCUAGAGGUGAUUUUUAGUUAUUAGAAGUGGAUUCAUGGUCUCCUCACUGAAGAAUUUUGCAACAUUGAUGAUUUGAUACGACUUGUUUUGAUGCUGUUUUUCCCUGUGUAUGACUGUAAAGAUGUCCCGAAGCCAUCUGUAUUGUACAAAGUACUAUAUAAAUAAAUGUGAGUCAACAAGCAGUGUUGGCUAUAUACACGUGACA